AUGUCUCCAACCAUGGCUAUGACAAUGCCGGCGGCGAUCUAUGCCCCAACGUCUGACGUUAUGGACCGCCACGAGUAUGGCAUCACCAAGAGCCGCAAGAGCUCAUCGACCGGAGGAGGCAGAGCUUGGAGCGAGGAUGAGGAAGUAUAUCUGCUUCAGACCCGCCUGCAGAAGAUGCCGUAUAAGCACAUUGCCGCCCAUCUGAAGAAGACGGAGCUGGCAUGCCGCUUGCACUACCACCAGCUGAGCCACGGAAGCAACCGCCGCAAGAGGACGACGUCCAUGUCCUCAAGCUCGUCGUCCAAUGGACACUCCCCCCUGAUGCAGGCCACGAUCCCGAGCCCAAUUCACGAGUCGCCCAGCCGCAGCGUGUCGCCCCCUGGGUCCGUCAUCAGCUAUGGCCACCCGAGCUCCCCAGGCAGCGUCCAGCUCCCCAGCAUCAUGAACGCCAGCGUGGGCUCCGGCUCGUCCCCGCGCCUGCCUGCCAUCCUGCCCAAGCCGGCUGGUAUGACUCUGGCCCUGAGCACCUCCAGGUAUAACUCCCUGCAGGAGCACUCGCAGCAGCAGCAGCACAGCGCGCCCCUCCUUCCGUCUGCCAGCUUCUCCGCUGCCGCGCACGCCCGGGCUCCGACGCCCACGAUGGGCAGCGCGACCAUGGCACCGCUCCGCCUGGACUGCUCUGGGCUGCCCGCGCCCUCGCCGUCUGCCGGUGUCGCACAGCCCGUCGACAUGGGCCGGCUGCAGGCCGUGUACAGCGCGCACCGGAAUAGCUUCUGGUCCGCCGUGGCGGCGGACUACGGCAACGGGGCGCACCCCGUCGCGCUGGAGCAGGCCUGGAGGACAGGCAACGCCGGCACCACCGCCGGUGCGGUGUCGAGCCACGGCUACGCCGCGCAGACGCCCAUCACCCCGAUCGGCAGCCCCGAUGAGAGGGACGUCUACGGCAAGCACUCUCAGGACAAGACGAGGAUCUCGGCCAUCUUGGGAAUUGAUGCCAACCCGCGCAGCCCCAAGGAGAGGGAGAUGGUGAGGAGGAUGGAGGAGGAGAGGGUCAUGGUUGGUGUCGGUGCCUAA